AGUGAACAAGGAGAAGCGUUGGCCACUAUGAACGCUCAGCGACUUGAAAUGGAGCACAGUGUCAGCAACAUGACAUCUGCCACCCUGUCUGAACUCCGUUUGUAUGGGAAACUGUGCGAUGUCGUGAUCAAGGUGGGCGCCGUCGAGUUCAACGCCCACAAGAUUAUCCUCUGUGGCUGCAGCUCGUAUUUUCGCACUCUCUUCACUGGUGCCUGGGCGACCUCAGAGAAACCAGUGUACACCCUCCCUGGAGUGUCGCAGGAUAUGAUGUUCCUCAUCAUCAAUUACGCCUACAACCACAGCCUGCCCCUGACAAAUGAUAAUGUGGUGGAAGCUUUGGCUGCCGCGGACCAGUUCUUGAUCCCGGGGAUGGUCCAGAAAUGCUGCUUCUACAUUGAAGACCAGCUGUGUGCGAUGAACUGCCUCUGCAUCCUGAGAGUGGUGGACUUCUACCACUGCCCUGAGCUCAGGGACAAGGUCUUCCUCUACGUCCUGCAACACUUUGAGGAUAUCAUGAGCGUCUCACAGGAGCUCCCGGACCUCUCUGUGCAGCAGCUGGUGGAUAUCAUCAAGAACGAUCACUUGAAUGUGAAGUCAGAAAACACAGUGUUUGAGGCCGUCCUCCGCUGGAUCAACCACCAGCCUGAGCAAAGACGAGGUCUCAUCUCUGCGCUUCUACCAAAGGUGCGGCUCGGCUUGAUGACAGAAAGUGACCUCCAGAACAAUGUCAUCGAAAACGAGUUGGUGAUGAAAAGCAUCGAAUGUGUACCAAUCAUCACCGAUGCAGUGAUCGCUUUCACAGAAAUCAUGGUCCAAGGGUUGACCAGUGCUGCCUACAGCAACCCGCUGAGCCGCCCACGCAUGCCCCCUGCCAUCUUAUUGGUCACUGGAGGAAAAGAUGGCAUGAUCCCUGGGACUAACAUCGAGGCGUACGACUGCCGGGCUGACUGCUGGGUCAAUGUGAGCACUGAGGGGAUCUGGCGAGCUCAUCAUGGCGCUGCUAUCCUAAACAACUUUGUUUACUUAAUCGGAGGCUGCGACCACGAGACCUUUUUGAAUUCGGUGCAGAAGCUCGACCUCUUGACCUACACCUGGCACCACGUGGCACCUAUGAACCAAUCCCGCUGCUACGUAUGCGUCACUGUGUUGAACGGGUGCAUCUAUGCAAUGGGGGGCUUCGACGGUCAACUUCACUUCAAUUCCGUUGAGUGUUACAGACCUGAGAAUGACCAGUGGACCGUAAUGGCACCCAUGACUUCAAAGAGGUCUGGAGCCAGUGCCGCAACCUUAAAGGGCAAGAUGUACAUUUGUGGAGGAUUUAACGGGCGUCACAGUCUCACCUCGGCUGAAUGCUACGACCCAGAAUCCAACGUGUGGACCAGGAUCUCCGCCAUGAGGAACUGUCGCAAUGGCCUGGGGGUCAUUGCCUACAGGGACCAAAUCUAUGCAGUUGGUGGCAUAUCAAAUCGCUCCGAGCACAGGCGCACAGCUGAGUCCUACAACCCUCUGACCAACAGCUGGCAAUUUGUGCCGCCCAUGCACAACCCCCGCAGCUACUUUGGCAUCGAGGUGGUGGAUGAUCACCUCUAUGUGGUCGGAGGAUACAAUGGUUACGGCACGACGCAAACUGUGGAGCGAUUCAACCAGGCGUCUGGUACGUGGUUCGGCGCCGCUCCUACCGAGAUGUCCCGCAGCGGACUCAGCUGCUGCGUGCUGCAGGGGCUCAACAGCUUGGCCGAGAACUUGUUCCCUCGUGGUGAGCCACAUCGUCCCUGA